GGCUUUGUGUGGAUGAGUACGGAGCCAUCUAGCUGCUGUAGUUGGUAGGUAGCCACCGCGGUUCUGUUCGUCUUCAUCAAACGAAGCGACAGACUCUGAGCAGUGGUAGCUAGCCUGCUAGCUCGCUAAUCAUGGUGAAUGUAAAGAAGCGGAAAGGUCGAAUCGUCGAUUCUGACUCUGAGGACAGCGCCAGUGAUGAUAAUUUAGAUCAGGAGCUUCUGUCUUUGACCAAGAGGAAGAGGAUGGAUUCAGAUGAACCGGAGGAGCCGGUUAGCAAGCCAGCAGCCUCUUCAGACUCAGAGACUUCUGACAGCGAUGAUGAGUGGACUGUUGGAGGCACAAAAGUCAAGAAGAAGGUCAAGCAAGUGAAAGGGCCAGAAAAGAAAAACGUGGCGAAGAAAAAAGUAAAUAAGGCAGCAGCUUCUGGGAGCUCUGAUGGAGACAGUUCAGCUGAGAGCUCUGCUCCAGAGGAGGGUGAAGUGUCGGAUUCUGAAAGCAACAGCUCAUCCUCCAGCUCAGACUCGGACUCAUCCUCGGAGGAUGAUGUGUUCCGGGACGGCUACGGGGAUGAUCUCAUGGGGGAUGAGGAGGACAGGGCUCGGCUGGAGCAGAUGACAGAGAAGGAGAGGGAACAGGAGCUGUUCAACAGAAUUGAGAAGAGAGAGGUGCUGAAGAGAAGGUUUGAAAUAAAAAAGAAACUAAAGACAGCCAAGAAGAAGGAGAAGGAGGAGAAAAAGAAGAAACAGGAGGAAGAACAGGAGAAAAGAAAACUAUGUCAGGUUCAAGACACCCAAGUCGUUAUGUCUCACAACAAGGAACGGAGGUCCAAACGUGAUGAGAAGCUGGACAAGAAGUCCCAGGCCAUGGAAGAACUGAAAGCAGAACGAGAGAAGAAGAAAAACAGAACAGCCGAGCUGCUGGCCAGACGGCAACCCCUGAAGACCAGCGAGGUUUACUCUGACGACGAAGAGGAGGAGGAAGAGGAUGACGAUAAGUCAUCAGUGAAGAGUGAUCGCAGCUCACGGUCCUCAUCUUUUGACGAUGAUGAGAAAGAGGAGACUCCACCAAAGUCCCAACCCGUCUCACUACCAGACGAACUGAACCGUGUUCGCCUGUCACGCCACAAGCUGGAGCGCUGGUGUCACAUGCCCUUCUUUGCAAAGACUGUGACGGGCUGUUUUGUUCGGAUAGGCAUCGGGAACAGUAGCAGCAAACCAGUUUACAGGGUUGCUGAAAUAGUCGAUGUGGUGGAGACGGCUAAAAUCUAUCAGCUGGGAACGACAAGAACAAACAAAGGUUUACAGUUAAGACACGGCAAUGACACCAGGGUGUUCAGACUGGAGUUUGUGUCCAAUCAGGAGUUUACUGAAAACGAGUUUAUGAAGUGGAAGGAGGCGAUGAUCAUUGCGGGGAUGCAAGUCCCAACGCUGGAUGAGAUCACCAGAAAGGAGCAGUCCAUCAAAGAAGCCGUCAACUACAAGUUCAAUGACAAAGACAUAGAGGAUAUUGUAAAAGAGAAGGACAGAUUCAGGAAGGCACCUCCUAAUUACGCCAUGAAGAAAACAUCGCUGCUCAAAGAUAAGGCCAUGGCGGAGGAGAGUGGAGAUGGUGACAAGGCGAAGGGGAUCCAGGAUGAGCUGAAUGAGCUGGAGGAGAGAGCAGAGGCACUCGACCGGCAGAGGACUAAAAGCAUCUCUGCCAUUAGCUACAUUAAUCAGAGGAACCGGAGUUGGAACAUUGUUGAAUCUGAAAAAGCUCUUGUGGCUGAGGGCCAGAACACCAAGAACCAACAGAUGGACCCGUUCACCAGAAGACAAUGCAAGCCGACCAUGGUCUCCAAUGCCAGAGACCCAUCAGUCCACGCUGCCAUUCUGGCCCAUCUGAACCAGAAGUAUGGCUCUGGCUCGGACCAAGAUGUAAUUGAGAUGUCACUCCACAAGGGACUGCCGGGACAGAAAGACAAAGAUGUCAACAAGACAACCAGCGACCUCUCAGAGGACCUGUUCAAAGUUCACGAUUUUGAUGUUAAGAUCGACUUGCAGGUUCCCAAUGCAGAAGCCAAGUCUCUCUCCGUCAGCUCCAACGCCCUUCCAGUGAAGGAUGGCGCCCCUCGCAGAUCUCUGAACCUGGAGGACUAUAAGAAGAGGAGGGGGCUGAUCUGAUGGGUUGGACCAUUAAAACAUAUUUGCAUGUGUUUCUGGCUAUUUGACCUCAGGGCCCCUGAGGCUGAAAGUGUGUGUGAGAUUGUAAAUGAGGGUGUGUGUGUGAGUGUGCAUGUGUUUGUAUGUGUGUGCGAGAGAGAGGUGCAAGUAGUGCAAAAGACUGUCCAUCCCAAAACAGAGGAAAUAUUGAUCCUUCGAAGACUUUUUUUUUCUCCUCAAAGGAUCUUUCUUGGAAGAAGAUUGUCCACUCGUUUUUGCGUUAUUAUGUGCAAAUUUGUACUUUGAAUUGUGUUUUUCCUCAGUUUAUGUCCCUGUUUUAUAUAGAACCUUUUCCUGUCCUGUCUCAUUUUCUCCUCGGUUGUCUCAUCUGUUCAAGGACAGGACUUUAGAAAUGCUCUUGGACACUAUAUCUUGUAAGACUUAGAUUGUUGAGACAACUGGACUGUGGACGGGGAAUGGAUUUUCCUCUCACCUUUUCUGCAUAAUGGAUUAUUUUAGGAUUAAGGUAGAGAGGGCAUCAUUACAAACCUAACAGUCUGCAGUCUUUUCCUCAACACGGAGGAGAAGAUGACAUGAAGACAGCUGGCCCAUUGUUUGCCUUCGGAACUAUGUCACUGUUUAAAGUUUUGAAAGCAGAUUUAUAUGAAUCAGUUGUAUACCAUGGAUGAUUAAAGCAUUUUUAUUUUUUAUUGUUUUUUCUUUCUGAAACCAUAUUUUCAGAACAGAUUCUAAGUGUUAUUGAUUGUCUCCUUAGUCAGUUCUUGUAUUGAUGUGGCAUGCCUUGUAAAUAUACAAUUUGGAGUGAGUGCAGCAAAAUAAAGAGGCACUGUUUCGUAGA